AUACAAUACAACGCGAAAGCCCAUAAGCAUGAGCUCGUAGCCAGCUGCUGGUCAUUCGCAAUGCAACUGUUGACGCGAGCGCUUGUCUACAUACGAUAGUUCGAUCGUGUUUUGUGAUACUACAAGUGAAUUAUUUUGAAAUUGUAAAGUGAAAUAUAUAUCACAGUUGAGUUAACAUAUACAUACAUAUUUACGACAAUUCAAAAGAGAAAAGUUCAUAAUUGGAAAUAAAAACACACUGAAGAAUUGAACGGUAACAAGAUGUCGCGUCGGCUAUUUAUUGCCGUUUUUGAAAUUAUACAAAUCGUCGCUUUGGUAAGCGCAGCCGGCCAUUACUCAGUAAUCGGACCUGGCACGAUACGCUCCAAAUUUAAAUACAAUGUAGCCGUUUCAGUGCACAAGGCCGAAGGACCAACCAAAAUAGAUGUUAGCAUUAUGGGUCCCUCGUAUAAUGAGACUAAAACUGUAGAGCUGCAGCCGAUGUCCACUGAAAAUGUUGAAUUUGAUGUGCCACAACUGCAGGAUGGCGCUUAUAGUCUGGUUGCGAAAGGCGUGUCCGGGCUCAUCUUCGAGAACUCCACAAAGCUAAACUAUGCAGACUACAAGCCAGCCACAUUCAUACAAACCGAUAAGGCCACCUAUAAACCAGGUGACUUAGUGCAGUUUCGUGUGCUAUUUUUGGAUGCCAAUACGCGUCCAGCAAAAAUUGAGCAGCCCAUCUCGAUACUGAUUAAUGAUGGCGCACGAAAUCGUAUUAAACAAUUGCAAGACGUAAAGUUGACUAAAGGUGUUUACACCGGUGAAUUUCAACUCUCCGAACAACCUGUGCUCGGCGAUUGGAAUAUCGAUGUCGUUAUUGAGGGUCAAUCACCGGUAUCCAAGUCCUUUGAGGUGGCCAAAUAUGUAUUGCCUAAAUUUGAAGUGUCUAUUGAAACCGCCAAGGAUGUAGCCAUACCGGAUGGCGUCAUUAAGGUGACCGUGCGCUCAAAGUACACCUACGGUAAAUCUGUUGAAGGCACAGCCACGGUAUCCAUUAAACCCCUAUAUCAUCAUUAUGGCAUGAAUAUUCAACCAGAGGCAACCAAAAUGGUUUAUGUCGACGGCAAAGGACAUGUUGAGUUUGAUUUAAGUAAAGACUUAAGUAUCGGUAGUGAGCGCACAUAUGUGCCGCCAUUAAAAGUAUUCGCUACGAUGAAGGAGAAACUCACUGGCAAUACACAAAAUGCCACAGCUACUAUUAACUUGCAUUCCGAGCGCUAUCGCAUCGAAGGUGUUAACGUGCCAACCAAUUAUCAACCUUACAAACCGACCAAAAUUACCGUUGUUGUGAAGAAUGUGGACGGCUCGCCGGUACUUGAUACAAAGAAUAAAGCAAAAUUGACUGUGCAUCCGCCACGUAAUUAUAUGUUUAGAGAUUAUCUGUCUAAAGAUGAAGCCACUACUCCAAAGGAAGCAGAUCAAAUUAUGGAAUUUGAGUCAAAUCUUGACGAACACGGCAUGGCUACAUUUGAGUUUACUUUACCCGAAACUGACCGCUAUUAUACCGUUAAAUGUGAAUUCUUAGAUACAACAACAUAUCUUAGCUCAAUAUCUAAAUUUAUACCUACACUCGAUACACCAGAAUUGCUAAAAUUGACGGUGAACACAAAGAAUCCUCGUCUGGGCAAGCCCGUUGUGGUGGAGGUGGCAUCAAGUGAGAAAAUCCCAUACUUUGUUUACACCAUCGUUGCACGCGGCAAUAUCUUGAAGAGUGAAUAUGUCGAUGUGCCGGAGGGGCGACAAUCGCAGACCAUCAAAUUUAUACCCACCUUCGAAAUGAUACCGAAAGCCAGCUUAUAUGUACAUUAUGUCUACGACAAUAAUUUGCGUUUCGUAGAAAAGGCGAUACAGUUUGAAAAAGAAUUCGAAAAUACCAUCGACAUUAGCGCCCAACCCCAAGCGAAACCUGGCGAGCAGGUACAGCUUCAUAUAACAACAGAUCCUGAUUCAUUUGUCGGUUUGCUCGGUGUUGAUCAGAGCGUGCUAUUACUCAAAUCGGGCAAUGAUAUAACCCAGGAACAGAUAUUCAACACUUUAGGCGACUAUGAUGCUAGUACACCAUGGAUGCGAGGCUAUGGACGCUAUCCCGGACAGGAAUCCGGCGUGGUAACAAUGACAAAUGCCAAUUAUCCCUACAAUGAUGACCAAAAGAAAAAACAUCCUAAAGCGAGCGGUUCCAGCGGUGGUAACGUGCCAAUCAGUGGCGCCGCCAAUCGACGCAAACAAACGACGACAGAAAACUGGUUGACAACCAGCUCCACAACUGCUGGACCUAUAGCAUCUGAUAUUGGCAGCGUUGAGCAAUUUCAAUACGAAUUACGUGCGCGCGAAAACUUUUUUGAAAAUUGGAUUUUUUACAAAAUUUGCUCGGUGAAAUCCACGGAUGGCGGCAAUUUUACCUUGAGCAAGAAGAUACCCGACACCAUCACGUCAUGGGUUGUCACUGGCUUCUCGAUGAAUCCUAAUACCGGCAUUGCGCUCACGGCCAAUCCCACAAAAAUACAAGUGUUCCAGCCCUUCUUUGUCUCUACUAAUCUGCCGUAUUCGGUUAAGCGCGGCGAAGUUAUUGCCAUACCCGUUAUAAUUUUCAAUUAUAUGGACAAAGCUUUGGAUGCGGAGGUCGUAAUGGAGAAUACGGAUAAUGAGUAUGACUUUACCGAAGCCACCAAUGAGAUCGAGGACAAGCCCUUAGAUGUGGUGCAACGCGUUAAACGUGUCUCGGUUGCGUCAAAUACUGGACGCAGCAUUUCCUUUAUGAUACGGCCCAAAAAGAUUGGACAGAUUACAUUGAAAAUCACUGCCACCACGCCAUUGGCGGGUGAUGCCAUACAUCAAAUGCUUAAAGUGGAACCGGAGGGUGUGACACAAUACGAAAAUCGUGCCGUCUUCAUAAAUCUUAAAGAUAAAAAUGUUCACAAUGAGAAAUUAAAUGUAGAUGUGCCAGCCGAAGCUAUACCCGACUCGGAAUACAUCGAAUUUUCAGUGGUGGGUGAUUUGCUGGGGCCAACGUUGAAGAACCUGGACAAACUGGUGCGCAUGCCUUAUGGCUGUGGCGAACAAAAUAUGGUGAAUUUCGUGCCGAAUAUAUUAGUUUUGCAUUAUUUGGAUGCGAUCUCCAAGAGUAUGCCUGCAAUUACGGAGAAGGCAAAGAAAUUCCUCGAUAUUGGUUAUCAACGUGAAUUAACUUACAAACACGACGAUGGUUCGUACAGUGCUUUUGGCAAAUCUGAUAAGGCAGGCAGCACUUGGCUGACAGCAUAUGUGAUGCGUUCGUUCCACCAAGCAGCAAAAUACACAGAUAUUGAUCCCAAAGUUAUUGUAGAGGGUUUGGACUUUUUAGCGUCGAAGCAAGCACCAAAUGGUAGUUUCCCCGAAUAUGGAAAACUUUUCGAUUCGGCACAUCAAAAUGAAUUGGGUCUGACAGCAUUUGUUUUGCUGGCAUUCCUGGAAAAUGUGGAGCACAUAGAAAAGUACAAAACGCAGGUCGAUAAUGGCAUGAAAUAUAUAAUGGAUAAGGUGGAUAAAACAGACGAUCAAUACUCGCUCGCAAUUGCUGCAUUGGCACUGCAAAUUGCCAAAAAUCCCGCAGCCGAUAAGGUGCUAACAAAAUUACAAGGACUCGCUAAGCAGGAAAGCGAUCGCAAGUGGUGGUCCAAGGCAGAUGCUCCCACUGAGGGUAGUAGCGCCAUCUGGCGUUGGCACCCAAGUAGUAAUGACGUAGAGAUCACAUCGUACAUACUGCUCGCCAUACUAGAUAAAGAGGGCGCCGAAAAUACUUUGCCCAUUGUCAAAUGGCUGAUCUCACAACGCAACAGUAACGGUGGUUUUGCUUCCACACAAGACACCGUAGUCGGACUGCAAGCGCUCAUAAGCUUUGCAGAAAAAACUGGCGCCGGCAGUGGUACGAUGGAUAUUGAGUUUGUUUCAAGCGGCGGUGAGGAAAAUAAAGGUGCCAUUGCGGUGAACGCAGAAAAUUCCUUGGUGCUGCAAACACAUGUGCUACCGAAGACAACACGCCAAGUUGAUUUUACCGCCAAGGGUAAUGGCUCAUCUAUGGUGCAACUAUCAUACCGUUAUAACUUGGCUGAAAAGGAUAAAGCGCCAAGCUUCCAGGUGACAACCAAUGUCAAGGAAGACCAAAACUUACUAAUUAUGGAUGUGUGCGCCGAAUAUGUACCCGAGAGUGGAGCCGAUAAAGAGAAAGAAUCCAAUAUGGCUGUAAUGGAGAUAGCACUACCCUCCGGCUACACUGCGGAAACUGACGCUUUCAAUGCUAUUGAAGCGGUGGACCGCGUUAAACGUACGGAAACGAAAAAUUCCGAUUCGAUGAUAAUUGUCUACUUCGAUGGCUUGAAACCGGCCGAUAGCAAGUGUGUGCCCGUUAGAGCAGCCAAAACACAUGCGGUGGCCAAACAGAAGCCCGCAGCGGUCAGCAUCUAUGACUACUACCAAACAAAUCGUCGUGCCACCGAAUAUUAUCAGGUGAACUCAUCGCUUUGUGAUAUAUGUGAGGGCGAAGAUUGCGGUUCAUCGUGUCAAAAAUUGAAGGAAAGCAAUAAUUAAUGUACAUUAUCUUACUACAAGCAAUUCACAAUAAAAACGGCGAAUUUGUAAUGUAAAUUAAUAUCAGUGAUAAAUUUUUAUAUCGGAAUCAUGUAUGUCAAUUUGUGAAAAGAGGUUAUUUCCUUGCGCGUAUGUAUGUAUAUUUGUAUGAAAAAAUUAUCGAAGUUAAAUGGCUAACUAAAUUUGUUAGAAUAUCAAAUGUAUAAUAUAUAUUCUUCAAGCAAGCAUAUAUUUACCCAAAAUAAAACGGAAAAAUAUGAAAAUUUAA